AUGGAAGCUUUCCACGGAUCCACGUCCUUGCCAAUCCAAUACACUUUUGCAAGUACCGAUUUUAUGGCUUUAUCCACCCAGAAUCCUGGUGCUGCCACUAGUCCUUGGAUGGACAGUCGAAUUUGGGGCAGACUCCCCCAGCUGCUUCUUGAUCGCGUGAUUGUGUUCCUUCCUCCACCAGCCUUUUUCAGGGCCCGUUGCGUGUGUAAGAGAUGGUAUGGCCUUUUGUUCUCCGAGAGCUUCCUUGAAUUGUACCUACAAGUGUCCCCUCGUUGCCACUGGUUCAUUUUCUUCAAGCACAAAAGCCUCAAUAGCUACAUCUAUAGUAACAUUAGCAGCACCACCGAAGCCUGUGACAAAAUCGGCAAUCCUUCUAGAGCCAAUUGCGAAGGAUACUUGUUCGAUCCUAAUGAGUUAUCAUGGUACCGUAUUUCCUUUGCUUUAAUUCCCUCCGGAUUCUAUCCCGCAUCCUCCUCGGGUGGAUUAGUCUGCUGGGUUUCUGAUGAGGCAGGCACUAAGAGCCUUGUACUGAGCAAUCCGCUAGUAGGGUCCCUAACCCCUUUGCCCCCGACCUUCCGCCCACGACUAUUCCCUACGAUCGGGUUAAGCAUUACUCCUGCUUCAAUUGACGUGGCUGUGGCUGGGGAUGACCUCAUCUCCCCCUAUGCAGUCAAGAAUUUGAGCGCCGAGAGCUUCCACAUUGAUAGCAGUGGGUUCUUUUCCUUGUGGGGGACAACCUCGAACUUACCGAGGCUGUGCAGUCUCGAGUCAGGUAGGAUGGUCUUUGUCGGAGGCAAAUUCUACUGCAUGAACUACAGCCCUUUCAGCAUCCUAGCCUACAACGUGGCAUCAAAUGAUUGGUACAAGAUCCAAGCACCGAUGAGGAGGUUCCUGCGGUGCCCUAGCUUGGUGGAGAGUAGCGGGAAGCUUAUCCUAGUUGCGGCGGUGGAGAAGAGCAAGCUAAACGUACCUAGGAGCCUGAGGCUGUGGAUCCUGCAAGCUUGCGGGAUGAGCUGGGUUGAGGUCGAAAGGAUGCCUCAGCAGCUGUACAUGCAGUUCACGGAGAUGGAAAGUGGGCUAGGGUUUGAUUGCGUGGGUCAUGGUGAAUUUAUUAUGAUAAUGAUUCGAGGGUCAUCGAACAAGGGUUUGGUGUUCGAUAUGUGGAGGAAGAUAUGGCAGUGGAUUCCGCCUUGUCCAUAUAAUGUCACGGUUGGUGGUGAUGGAGGAGAGUGCAGCCGCGAGUUGCACGGAUUGGCUUACGAGCCACGGCUUGCUACUCCAGUGACUGGAAUACUUGAUCAGCUCACUCUUCCCUUUCAGCAUUUCAAUGCUUAA